AUGUCGACGGCGAUAGAAGCCACGGGGUUCGCCAUGUGCCUGAUCAGCUGGCUCAUCACCGGCGCGGCUCUCACCAACGACUACUGGAAGAUCUCCACGGUGUCCGGCAGCGUGAUUAUCUCCCAGAGGCAAUUCGAGAACCUGUGGCACGCCUGCGCCGAGAACAGCGCCGGCAUCGCCGAGUGCCGCGACUUUGAGUCCCUGCUCGGACUGCCCGCACACAUCCAGGCCUGCCGGGCUCUCAUGAUCGUGGCUCUGCUCUUCGGUCUGGGCGGGAUGAUCGUGGCUCUGCUCGGAGUCAAGUGCAUCAAGAUCGGUUCAGCCACCGACCAGUCCAAGGCCAAGAUGGCUGCGACCGGAGGCAUAGUGAGCGCGCUCGGAGGUCUGUGCACGCUGAUCGCUGCCUCGUGGUACGCCUACCGAGUGGUCCAAGACUUCUACGACCCCUUCACCGGCGGAAUCAAGUUCGAGAUGGGGACGGGGCUGUACAUGGCUUGGGCCGGAGCCGCUCUGGACCUGCUCGGUGGCGCCCUCUUGUGUUCGGCCUGUAAGAGAGCUUCCCCCCCAAAGAAAGGGGGCUACAUCGCAAACCAACCCAAGACGGUGUACACGGCCACAGCCAAGUCAGACCCAGACUCGGGGCGCGCGUACGUCUGAGCCUCCCUCUGCUCCUCCGUCACUGUUUUUGUUUACUCCGAAGCUUUCUACUCACCU